UCCAUCAACAACAUGGCUGACUAGUCCAAAAAAUAUAUUUUCAGGAAGACAUGGAAGAAAUAACGUGGUAACAAAAAGAAGAACAAUGACCUAUCAACUGGAAGCUGGUUAAAAAUAACCUUGAUUGAAAAUGGACACCAAGUCCAAGAAAAGUGGUGAUGGAAAAAGGCCAGAAAGUGGGGCAAAGCGGAAUAAUAAUGGUACAUCACUGAACAACAGCAGCAAACAUGGAAGCAGACAAGGACGCCCUGACAGUGGUGUGCGGCGAGCCAAAGGAAGUGGAACCUACAGCUCGUCUCCAAAAAAUACUGAUGGCAAAACAUCACAGCUGGCAGACAGAUCGUAUUCAACGGUUUCUAACACAGAUAACCCAACAGAUGGAAGUAAAAAAAGUGACUUGUACACCCCAAGUACCAGCAGAACAAGCGACCAUUUAGAGAGCCGGUCAACGAAUGUUUACAGUGAGGAGUUUGCCACGGUCAGUGCACUCGAGAAGGAGUCUGGUGGCUCAUUGCUUCUGGGUUUGCCAGCUGGGACUAAUGACGCCGAUGUAAAUGUAAACCAGUUUUAUCCAACGUUGGAGCCUAGACUUCGCGCAAUGAGCGAAACCGACACAACUCGGGAUUCCGAGUUUGGUCUGACUGAGGAGGAAAAACUGGAGAGGCGGAUGAGUCGUGCUUCGAGUACAAAUGAGAGAAAGCCUACGCCGGAUUCUGCUGCAGUUGAAGCAAAGACUGUAACAUUUGAAUCAGGAGCUGAGGCACCUGAAACAGCUCAACUGGGCACUGACAAAGACAAGGAAUCUCCGGGUGAGACGUUCUCUACUGCAGUGGAUGAAGAGGUCCUGGAGGCAGCCAAGGAGCGAAUGAAGGCUGCUCAGGGUGAGAAACCGGGUGGCCUUUUCUUACCAGAGCAAUGGUCACCUACGAAAGCCACUGUGCUGUCGGCAAAGGAAGUCAUCAAGCUAAAAGCAAAUGAACACUAUGAAAGAGGAAUAAAACGGUUUUAUGAUGGAGAUUUGGAAAAAGCAGUUCUUGCGUUGAACAAGGCGAUCAACCUUCGCACAGAUAUGGCGGACUACUACAUAAGUCGUGGUGAAGUGUAUGUAGAACUUUGUGAUUUUCAGUCAGCAAUCUUGAACUAUAAAAAAGCAUGUUGCCUUGCUCCGACAAAUGAUGAACUCUAUUCCAAGUUGGCAUUCAUUUAUUUCUUCCAAGGACAGUGUCUGUUCGAUCAAAAACUUUACCCAGAGGCCUUGGAGGCAUUUUCAAAAGCAGCGGAGAUGCGUCCAGAAGUUAUGGGAUAUCACACAAGAAGUAUUGCUUGCCUGGCAGCCCUUAACCGGCAUGGGGAGUGUUUAGCGUUAGUCAACAAGCGCCUGGAGGAGGAGACUGACAAUGCUGACCUCUUUGUGAUGAGAGCAAGACUACAUGAAUUAUUCCGCAAUAGCACAUUAUGCUCAUAUGACGUCAAAGAUGCCCUCGCUAUAGAACCAGCGCAUCCCGAGGCCUUAAAACUCCUGCGGAGACUUGAAGAGAAAGCGUUGGAGAGCAAGAACCACGCUAUGCAGCUUAGUGUGCUCGGCAAACACAAGGAGGCGCUGCAGAAAAUAUCCGUUGCCAUAGAAACAGAGCCAGGGAACCCAGGAUAUCAUGUAUUCAGAGGGGCACUCCACAGAAGACUGGGUGAUUUCAAUGCAGCAAUUGAUGACUACCUCCUUGCCUUGGACAAGACUGACCACAAUGAGGAGAGUCCAAUCUACGUGGAUGCCCAGCGUCAACUCCUGCUGACUUAUAAUGACUUUGCCGUGGAGUGCUUCAACAAGGGUUACUACGAGGAGGCGAUUAUCCUGUUGAAUAAAGCAAUUAAGGGCGAGAAGAGGGAGAAGGGGCUUUACAUCAACAGAGGAGACUGCUUUUACCGGCAAGAGGACCUUCAUUUCGCCCUCGCAGAUUAUCACCAGGCUUUGGAGAUUGAUCCCAUGGACAAUGGAAUCAGAUCAAGGAUAUCUGUGGUCCAUAACGAAUUUGGCGUCGCCGAGUACCAGGACAAAGAUUAUAAGGAAGCCGAGUCAAGAUUUACCCUUGCCAUUCAAAACAAUCCAAAGAUCGGGCAUUAUUAUUUGUCCCGGGCUCGGACGAGAUACAUGCUUGAGGAGAUGGGAGUGUUGAAAAGCAGCAAUGGUGCCCGCUCCGACAUUCUGUUUGCGCUCCUCUUGGAUCCCCACAGUGAGGAGCUGAUGUCCCUUCUAUCCAGGUUGUUCCCGGGGAAGAGUGUCAAGGACAUCCUGGAGAGCCGGGCAGCCCAAGCAGCUCGACUGGCACUUUCAAAUGUCACAGUGACUGCAUCACCUAUCAAGUUGAAGGCUCUACAGGAGGAGGGGUCAGAUGAGGAAGGAUCUGAGGUACAGUCGUCUUUUGGGGGGAAAAGUCAAGCUGCAACAGCAUCAGCCUCUGCUCCCGAGCCAAUCAUCCCAAUGUGGCAGCCAGAUCGUGGCCUACCUGAUUUCAAAGCGUGCUUGCAAGAAUGGGAGUUCAAUAUAAAGGUUGCCAAGGAGAAAAAAGUAGUAAGCACCAAAGUCAAGAAGCAUUUCCAUGAACGGAAACCCCUCAAGUAUAUUGGUGCACGGGUUCAGCCGAUGCCACCUGCCGUACCCUAUCAGCGACGGGGCAGCAAAUUCACCAAGGAGGUCCUAGUUGCUGACCCAUCUGCGGGAAAGAACAGCACAGGAUGGAAACAAUUUGGUCAAGGAAUCGGCUUGCCCCAUUAAGCCUCUGGAGUAAUGGACUUUUUACCAAGUUGAAAUCUUUGGGCUUUUUUUGAUGAACUGAUUCUGUGAUAUUUAUAUUGAGGUCCAGUAUUUGAUAUAUAAGUGUAUCCAACAGUACUUUAUGUUGGUCCCUAAUGUGUCAUGAUAAAGCACCUGGUCUUUUGAGUUUUCUAGAUACGAUAAUAAGGACAGGCUUGAUGAAAUUUUGGGAACUCGACAACUUUCAAAUAAAAACUGAUUGCAAAGGCAGCUUUUGCUAUUCAAAGUGCUUUCUUGAAACCCGUGCAUGGGAUUUGGGUGAUGAUGUGGACUAAACUGACUUCUUGUCCUAUAAAAAGUUAAGUGAGACUACAGCUUGAUUCAUUAAUAAACAACUUUUUAAAGUGUGACCUUAACUUUGCCUUGAGGUUGUACUAUUGUGGGAUAUGUUGAAUUACUUUUUGUCCAUAAUAAAUGCCGUCCACUUUGAUAUUUGUACAGAUUUGAAAGUUUCUUGUCACUUGUUCUGAUGACUAUAAUAAUGAUAUUUGUACAUUUGAAAUAUGUAUCAAAAUAUUUUGGUAUGAAAUAAAGAUAUUGUUUUACUA